AUGGGCAAUUCGGUCUUUUCACUAUUCGGCUUUCUUCUUCUUUUUGGUUUUUCAAGAUUGGUGUUAUCUGUUGAAAAUUUUGCAGAGUUAGGAUACGAACCAUUUGAUUUAUCUUCAGAGGAGAGACUCUCUGGGAGGUUCGAACAAUGGGUGCACAAUCAUGGGAAGACUUAUAAAGAUCACCUUGAGAAAAGUAUGAGAUUGGAGAUCUUCAAGCAGAAUUUGCGUUACAUGCAUGAGCGCAACCAACAAAAUCUAACUUAUAAGCUGGGCCUAAACGAGUUCUCGGAUCUCAGCCAUGAAGAAUUCAAGAGCAGGUUUUUGGGUAGGUUGACAGGCGGUCCAAAGAACGCAAGCCUUCGUUAUCUACACAAAUAUGGAGAUGAUUUACCUGCUACUGUAGAUUGGAGGACGAAAGGAGCCGUAACACCUGUUAAAGGACAGCGUUGCGGUGACUGUUGGGCAUUCGCUGCAAUUGCAUCAGUUGAGUCAAUUAACUAUAUUGUCACUGGACACUUAGUAUCAUUGUCAGAGCAACAAUUGGUUGACUGUGUUGGAAUGAACGAGGGUUGUCAUGGAGGAUAUCCAAAUGAUGCAUUUAUCUAUAUCGCAUUUAAUGGUGGUAUUUCUAGUGAGGUUGAUUAUCAGUAUAGGGGUGCUGAUGGUACCUGCAACCAACAGUUGGAAAUGGAACAUGUAGCAAGAAUAGUUGGUGUGGAAUGUCUACCAACUGAGGAUGAGAACUCAAUGAAGACUGCUGUAUCACAUCAACCAAUCACUGUGGGCAUUGACGGUACUGCAAUGGAUUUUGCUAGCUACAAAUCAGGUAUAUUGACUGGUACCUGUGGGAAAGUUUUGGAUCAUGCUGUUACUAUAGUUGGCUAUGGAUCUGAAGGUGGCUUAGACUAUUGGAUUGUGAAAAACUCAUGGGGACCUACGUGGGGUGAGGAAGGGUAUAUUAGGAUACAAAGAAAUGUGGAAGAUCCACAAGGAUUGUGUGGAAUUGCCAUAGCACCAUCAUAUCCAGUAAUGGUUUGA